AAUAGACUCUGUAUUGUAAGAAAAAUAGAUGAAAGUGAAUUGCAUGAACCCUUUACUAGGAAUAGAGUCAAGAAAUUAAAAGAAAGGUUGAAAAUUACAAAUGUUGAACUGAUCAUAAAUAGUGUUGACUUCAAGGACGCAAGUCAAGCUCCUAUCAUGAUCAGAAUCGGGUUUCAAAGUUCAGUUGGGUAA